AUGAACAGUUUCAAUAAACGAGCAGAAAAAAUGUUAGAUGGUCACACACCUAAAAGAGUUAAAAGAGAGUGUACUUAUGGAGAUAAAUGCUACAGAUUGAACCCAGCACAUUUGAGAGAGUUCAGUCACCCUCACUUGGAAUCAAUAUUAGACAACUACAGCGGCGAAGGUGACUAUCCAAUACCAAAGGAACUGCAGCCGCAAAGGCAUCUUAUUAUGGACCAAUUGCAAGUUAUUACAGAAAAACAACUGUAUGUACCUGUGAGUGGUAAUGUACAGGAACAAAAGACAGAAUCAGAAAGCACAGACAAAAAAGAAAACGAAUCAAAUAAAAAUGUACCAUACACUAGUUCUACCAGAGAAUCAAAUAGUAGCGGUUCAACACCAAGUCACAAUAUAACAGAAUCAUGUAGUAGUAAUAAAGAAGUAAAAAGAAAAGCAGAAACAGCAGGUGAAAGCUUAAAAGUAAAACAAAGGGAGAAGAGCAAAUCACCAACAAAUCAGUUGGUGGUACAUAAAGAUGACUACCGUCCUAUAAUACCGCCGACCCGAAGACCGGAACAAUUCCUCAAAGUUGUGCUUCCUUCCGGUGGGAUGGCGGCGAAGCAUGCUGCUAGUGCCCCCUAUCAUAUUUUCUACACAACAAUAACUGACAGCAGAGAAACGCAUAAGAUGCCGUACUCGAUCACAUUCCUAGAAAUCCUGGAUCGUAGUCUAGGUGAGCUGAAGUGCUCAUUGCAAAUCAAUUUCAUGGUGGAAAUUGGAUGGUUACUUGCUCAGUACUAUUUCGCUGGUUACAGUGGAAAGAAGUUAACAAUACUCUAUGGCGAUGACUGCGCAGAUAUGAAGACCAUAAACAAGAAGAAACCGAACGUUGACGCACACUACGUGUCUAUGGCCACACCUUUCGGGAAGCAUCACACGAAGAUGAUGAUUCUCUGCUAUGAAGACGGGUCGUUAAGAGUAGUCGUGUCGACCGCCAACCUCUAUGUCGAUGACUGGGAGAACAGAACACAGGGGUUGUGGUUCAGUCCCCGCUGUCCCCCCUUACCUGCGGGUGCUAUGCCCCACGACGGCGAGUCCCCCACCAUGUUCAAACGGUCGCUGCUUCGAUACCUCCACCACUACCAGAUACCCCAGCUUUCGUACUACGUGGAUUGGGUCAAGAAAUGCGACUUCAGCCAUAUUAACGUGUUCUUGGUGGCUUCUGCCCCGGGAUCCCAUUUUGACACGGAGUGGGGAAUGACCCGUGCGGGCAGUUUGCUGCGGCAGCAUUGUCGCGUCCCGCCGCAUGAAAACUCAAAGUGGCCGCUAAUUGCACAAGCUAGUAGCUUAGGCAGUUACGGGAAGGAACCGAAGCUAUGGCUGACAGGGGACUUUCUUCAUAACUUUACGAAGAUUAAAGAUCAACCUCAAAUGCUGUCCACACCGGCGGAGUUAAAAUUGAUCUACCCGUCCUUGGAGAAUGUGAAGCAAUCGCAUGACGGCUUGCUGGGCGGCGGCUGCCUCCCAUAUGCAGCUGACGCCCAUGCGAAGCAGCCCUGGCUGAAUGAUUUUCUAUUCCAGUGGCGAGCGACUUCAACACAUCGAAAUAAGGCGAUGCCACACAUAAAGACUUACACGCGGAUCUCACCAAACAACAAGAUGGCCGCGUUCUUUCUUCUGACUUCCGCCAACGUUAGCAAAGCGGCCUGGGGCUCUCUGAACAAAGGCAACAAGGCGCUAAGGGUCAUGAGCUAUGAAGCUGGUGUGCUGUUCCUGCCCAAGUUUAUUAUAAACGAAGAUCUGUUCCCGUUGGAAGAGAACGCCAAGAACCGCCUCAUUUUGCCUUACGACGUGCCGCCUGUCAGAUACACCAGUGAUAUGUCGCCGUGGGUUUUUGAUUAUCUGUCAUAA